AUGUGCAGUGGGAUGGAUCUGCAGAUCAUUCUGCUGGCACUAACAGUCCUCUGGGCUGCAGCACAGACCCCACCAUGCAGAAUACUGGGGAGGGCAGCCAAGCCAAGAUUCUAUCAACAUGGAGACAUCAACAUCGGUGGAGUCUUCACUUUGUACGAUAUUCCUUUGGACACAACCAUCAAAUUUAAUGCCAAACCAGAACCGCUGAGAUGCUCUCGAGUUGACUUAAGAGAAUUCCGGGUGGCCCAGACGAUGAUCUUCACCAUUGAAGAAAUAAACAACAGAACUGACAUCCUCCCAGGAGUAUCUCUUGGAUAUAAAAUAUAUGACACCUGCGACUCUGCAGCAAUUUCUAUACAAUCAGCCAUGGCUCUGAUGAACGGUUAUGAGGACACACUGACCGACACAUCUUGCUCCACACCAGCCGUAGUGCACGCUAUCAUUGGAGACUCAGUAUCUACAAACACUAUGGCAAUUGCUGCAACAGUAGGAUUAUUUCAAAUUCCAGUGAUCAGUCACUUUGCUACCUGUGCAUGCUUGAGCAACAGAAAAGAAUUUCCCACAUUCUUCAGAACCAUUCCCAGUGACUAUUACCAGAGCAGAGCACUGGCUCAGCUGGUGAAACACUUUGGCUGGACCUGGAUAGGAGCAGUGAGAAGUGAUAGUGACUAUGGCAACAAUGGGAUGGCCACGUUUAUAAAAGCUGCUCAACAAGAAGGAAUCUGCAUUGAGUAUUCAGAGAAAUUUCACAUAACGGAAUCAGAUAAAUUAUUGAAGGUUGCAGAUGUUAUCAAAAGAGGUACUGCAAAGGUCAUUGUCGUAUUUCUUAGUGUGGGUGAAAUGUACAUGUUACUGGAGCAGCUGACGCUUCAGAAUAUUACAGGUCUCCAAAUGGUUGGCAGUGAAGGGUGGAUAACAGCAAGCAGUUUAGUAACACCUACAACUUUCAGAAUACUGGGAGGGUCUAUUGGCUUUGCUGUCCCCAAAGGCAAAAUAAAUGGCUUUAAAGAGUUUUUGUUGAAACUUCACCCAUCAAAAUACCCAAAUAAUACUGUUGUCAUAGACUUUUGGGAAAAUGCGUUUCAAUGCUCCCUCAUAAAUGAAAACAAUCUACCUCAAAUGAAUCCCUGCAAGGGAUCUGAGAGCUUAACCGAACUGGAAAAUGAAUACACCGACGUAUCAGAGCUGAGAAUCUCCAGCAAUGUUUACAAAGCAGUAUACGCUGUGGCUCAUUCUCUACAUGGCUUAUUGACAUGUACACCCCAUCAAGGCUGCGCAAACAGGGUGAAAACAGAGCCCUGGCAGGUACUUACAGCUCUGAAAGAAGUCAAUUUUACUCUGGGAACUGGAGAGAAAGUCUCAUUUGACAGUAAUGGAGACCCAAUAGCCAGUUAUGAGCUGGUGAACUGGCAGCUUGGUCCUGAUGGUGCAGUAGAGUUCAGAGUGGUUGGCCACUAUGAUGCCUCUUUGCCACCUGGACAGCAGUUUGUGAUGAGCCCUGUUACUACGGUUUGGGCUGGUGGACAAAAACAGAUUUACAUUAAAGCAUGGACAGGUGGCAUUAUUGAACAGAAACUGCCACAAGCACAGUGUAAACUGAUUUUUCAUUUGAAACCAUUGCACCUAGAUGGCCUCAAUGAAGAAUUCAAUCUAAGUUGUGCUCUGUUUGUCAUCAUUAUUAUGGUCAUUCCUGUUGUUGAUCGGUCAUCAUUACUGUUGAACCAUGUUUCACAGAAACCCAGGUCAGCAUGCAGUGAGAGCUGUCCCCCAGGCACCCGGAAGGCUGCGCAGAGAGGAAGGCCUGUCUGCUGCUAUGACUGUGUGCCCUGUGCUGAGGGAGAAAUCAGCAAUGUCACAGAUUCUAAUGACUGUAUUCAGUGUAUGGAAGAGUACUGGUCUAAUACUAAAAGAGAUCAAUGUGUUCCAAAGGCUGUUGAAUUUCUGUCAUUUCACGAAAUUCUGGGAAUUGUGCUUGUUAUUUUUUCCAUAUUUGGAGCAUGUGUCACUGGAUUUGUGACUGUACUGUUCUUUAUAAAUAAGGACACACCCAUUGUGAAAGCCAACAACUCAGAGCUGAGCUUCUUGCUGCUCUUUUCUUUGAAACUGUGUUUCCUUUGCUCUCUUACCUUCAUCGGCCGGCCCUCUGAGUGGUCCUGUAUGCUGCGCCACACUGCGUUUGGGAUCACCUUUGUCCUCUGCAUCUCCUGUGUUCUGGGGAAAACAAUAGUGGUGUUAAUGGCCUUCAGGGCUACACUUCCAGGCAGUAAUGUCAUGAAGUGGUUUGGGCCUCUGCAGCAGAGACUGAGUGUUCUUGCUUUCACUCUCAUACAGGUCCUUAUUUGUGUGCUUUGGUUAACAAUAUCCCCUCCAUUCCCCAACAAGAACAUGAAGCACUACAAAGAAAAGAUCAUUCUAGAAUGUGAUGUAGGAUCAACAGUGGGGUUCUGGGCUGUAUUGGGUUAUAUUGGGCUCCUCUCUAUAUUGUGCUUUGUUUUAGCUUUUCUGGCUCGUAAGCUGCCCGACAACUUCAACGAAGCCAAGUACAUCACAUUCAGCAUGCUCAUAUUCUGUGCAGUCUGGAUCACCUUUAUACCAGCUUAUGUCAGCUCACCUGGAAAGUUCACUGUGGCUGUGGAAAUAUUUGCAAUUUUAUCAUCUAGUUUUGGCUUGCUGUUCUGUAUCUUUCUUCCAAAAUGUUACAUAAUAUUAUUCCAACCUGAGCAAAAUACAAGGAAACAUAUAAUGGGUAAAAAAUCACAAGCGGAGCAUAGUUAGUGACGCGUUUUCCAUCACCCAUCGUUGGUUGGUCCGCCA